AAGUUCUCGUGUAUGUAUUGCGAGUUAGCCUCUUAAUAACUGGAGUGUUGUGUAAUCUGAAGAGUUUGCUGGAAGGAUUGUAAAUAUUUGAGACAGGUUGGUGACCAGUGGAGGCUAUGCCAGUUUGAAAUAAAUAGCCGAGAAUUGGGCGGCGUGUAUGAAGUGUAUGUGGACCAGCUUUUAUUGAAACCAGAUUGACGACCGGAUUGACCCAUACCUCAAUGUUUUUCACUUGUUGUCAGAAUGUAUCACGGUGUGGUGUUUUGUAUGCUACUGGUCAAUGUUUUGAGCAAGAAAUCAACGGAUCCUGCGAAAGCUCAGAAUUUUUUAGAUGAUUAUAAUAAUCAAGCGACUCGCUUUUUUAGCGAAUAUGUGGAAACAAUGUGGAACUUUAAUACAAAUAUUACAGAACACAAUAGACAGAUAAUGGUCAAUAAAAGUGUAGAGGUUGCUCAAAUUGAGAAAGAGUGGGCCAAAAGGGCGAAUACUAGGUUUGAUUGGGAAAAGUUGAAAGAUCCAUAUAUAGUUCGACAGUUCAGGAAGAUAUCUCAUAUCGGAAUAGCAGCAAUGAAAGAUGAAUCAAAAUUACAGAGGUUAAAUCAUGUAAUGUCUGAAAUGGAAGAGAUAUACAGCGGUGGUAAAGUGUGUUUAUCAACCGGUGAUUGUCAUGCCUUAGAACCAGGACUUACGAGGUUAUUAUCUACAUCACGUGAUUAUGAUUUGUUACAAGAAGUGUGGGUAACAUGGAGAGAUGUUACUGGGAAAAAAAUUAAAAAUCUUUAUUCUGAAUUUGUUGAAUUAAUAAAUGAGGCCCACAGAGACGGCGGUUAUAGCGAUACGGCAGCGGCUUGGAAAUCUAAAUACGAAAGUGAAACUUUUGAACAAGAUAUAGAAGAUCUAUUUAUUCAACUGGGCCCUUUAUAUAAACAAUUACACGCCUUUGUGAGACGAAAAUUAAUGUCGGUUUACGGAAAGGAUAAAUUUCCUACCUCGGGUCACAUACCAGCCCAUUUAUUUGGAAACAUGUGGUCACAACAAUGGAGUAAUUUAUUAGAUCUUUUACAACCUUAUGAUAAGGAAAGUGUGGAUGUCACGCCUGCCAUGAAAGAACAGAAUUAUACGGCACUGAAGAUGUUUCAAGUAUCAGACGAAUUCUUCCAAUCAUUGGGAAUGUUAAAAAUGCCGAAAGAAUUCUGGGAACACUCAAUGAUAGAAAAGCCAAAAGGACGACAAGUUCAAUGUCACGCCUCGGCCUGGAAUUUCUACAAUAAGAAAGAUUUCAGAGUAAAACAAUGCACUGAUGUAACAAUGUCUGAUCUGAUUACAGUUCAUCAUGAGAUGGGACAUGUAGAAUAUUAUCUUAUGUAUAAAGAUAAACCUAUUGUAUUUCAAAAUGGUGCAAAUCCAGGAUUCCACGAAGCUGUGGGAGAUGUUCUUGCUUUAUCCGUGUCUACACCCAAACAUUUACAGAAAAUAAACCUUUUAAAAAACGUGGUUGAUGAUAAAGAGAGUGAUAUUAAUUUUAUGUUAAGUAUGGCUUUAGAUAAAAUCGCCUUUUUACCCUUUGGUUAUUUGAUGGAUCAGUGGAGAUGGAGUGUAUUUAGCGGAGAGACUCCACCUUCUCAGUAUAACGAAAAAUGGUGGCAACUCAGAUGUAAGUAUCAAGGAAUUUCACCACCAGUAAUGAGAAGUGAAGAUGAUUUUGACCCAGGUGCGAAAUAUCAUAUACCAGCUAAUACACCGUAUAUCAGAUAUUUUGUAAGUUUUGUAAUCCAGUUCCAGUUCCACAAAGCCUUAUGUAAGGCAGCUAAUCAAACAGGACCGCUUCAUACCUGUGAUAUAUACAGAUCUAAAGAGGCAGGAAAAUUAUUAAGUGAUGUGUUAAAAUUAGGAUCAUCAAAACCAUGGGAAUACGCAAUGGAGAAAAUAGUAGGCUCGAAAAAAAUGGACGCUGCACCUCUCAUGGAAUAUUUCAAACCUCUUAUUGAUUGGCUAGUUGAACAAAAUUCACAGGAUGAGUCUAUUGGUUGGGAAGAUGAAUGUCCCAUGCCACCUACUGGUCACUCAACACAAAUAUCUGCUCGAUUUUGUCUUAUUGGCAUUCUGACUUGCUUAGCUUUGGUCAUAUUCUAAACGAAUACCAUUCAGUGUAGGGCAGCAAAGACAAAGUUACAUCGUUUCAAGUAUCAGUUUUCGUUAAAUGGCGAGAGAACAAAUAAUAAAUCUUAUUUCUCAAGACAUUCCCCGUGAAUUAUAAGUGUGUAUACUCAGAGUGACCUCCCUUGUUUUAUUAAAAACAUCUUUCUUCAGUAAAUGUGGUAAUUUUUAAACUUUAUGUAUUUAAAAUAAAAUGACAACGAAU